UUUGCUAUUUCAGAAAAAAUACUGCAAAUAUGAAAUUUUUCGCUAUUUUCGCCGCCGUCGUUGCUGUUGCUCUGGCCCGCCCGGGCACCAGCACCUGGACUCUGGAGGAGCUCUCUGAUGCUCUCCAGAACCCCAAUAUCGACCCCGCACUCGUGCCCAUCUUGGAACAUGCUUUAAAUGAACUCAUAUCUGCCCUUCACAACGGAGAACAAUUAGAAAGCAUCUUCGUGCCCCUGCCCGCUGAUGUCUCCAUUGUGCCUAGUCCUGUUGUUCCCGCCCCCGUUGUCCCCAGCCCCGCUGCAUCCAGCCCUCUUGUGCAGAUCAUCGUCAACGUCAAAAGUCAACAACAGGUCGCUGAGGCCCCUGUAGAGCCCACACCAGUGUUGGUUGAUGAAUCAGGCGAAGAAGCUAUUGAGGAACCCAUCGUUGUUUUUCCUGAACCAAUCAUAAUUAACCCUAUCGACAUCAUCGCUGUGAACCCUGUCGAUAUGUGGGGCCCUGUUGGUCCUAUGCCUGUCAUUGACGGCGGAGAUGUCGGACCUAUGUAAAUUAAAAUGUAUUUAGCUAUUGGCGAAUAUGUAUGUAUAUAACAAGUGUAAUAAACGAUUUGAAGACAA